ACUACGGUUUGUACCCGGUUUCUCUGGUUGUGGGCUGUUGGACAGCGCUGCGUCCCUCUUCCUGCCUCCUUCCCGGGCCGACGCCAUGGGAGUCACUUGUGUGUCCCAGAUGCCUGUGGCUGAGGGCAAGAGUGUCCAACAAACAGUGGAGCUUCUCACCCGGAAGCUGGAGAUGCUUGGGGCAGAAAAGCAAGGAACAUUUUGUGUGGACUGUGAGACUUACCAUACCGCUGCUGCUACUCUGGGCAGUCAAGGACGCCUGUCCCUUGCAGGUCAGGCUGGGAAGCUGAUGUACGUGAUGCACAACUCUGAGUACCCACUGAGCUGCUUUGCCCUCUUUGAGAACGGCCCUUGCCUUAUCGCCGACACCAACUUUGAUGUGCUGAUGGUGAAGCUCAAGGGCUUUUUCCAGAGUGCCAAGGCCAGCAAGAUUGAGACCCGGGGCACGCGUUACCAGUACUGUGACUUCCUGGUGAAGGUGGGCACCGUCGCAAUGGGGCCCAGUGCUCGGGGCAUCUCUGUGGAGGUGGAAUAUGGCCCCUGUGUAGUGGCGAGUGACUGCUGGAGCUUGCUGCUUGAGUUCCUCCAGAGUUUUCUAGGCAGCCACACACCAGCAGCUCCUGCCGUGUUUGGGAACAGACAUGAUGGAGUGUAUGGCCCAGCAGAUACCAUGGUCCAGUACAUGGAACUCUUCAACAAGAUCCGCAAGCAGCAGCAGGUGCCUGUGGCUGGGAUUCGUUAGUGACUGGAAACUCUGGCUGAGCUCUUAUCAGGGGUACUGCCAGGAGGAACAGGUGCUGCACAAUUAGGUUCUGGUCCCCACAAACCCUGGGCAGACAUGGAGGCUUCUCUCCUUUUGCUUCCCAGCUAUGGUGUUUGUUCCAGGGUUCCAGACUCUUCUCCUCUGUUUCCCACAUGCAAUCCCCCCAUCAACAUCUGUUUUACUUUAUGCCUUACUGGAUUUGUCCUGUUCUGAGGAAUGGUAAUUAUGAAGAAUGGAGACACUUAAUCCUGUGGCCAGGGGAAAAGGUAGGGCAGAAGUAUCCUGGCCUAGCAGUGGAGAGAGAAAACUGUAUCCUCAGCUUGAAGACUUGGCCUAGGCUUCAGUGAUCAUGCUUUGAUCUUUUUGUGGGCCAUUUUGUACUGAAGUCCCUCCUCUGCUCAAGGACCCAUCUGCUGUUUGUCAAGAGGUGGCACAGCUGGACGCCUUUCACUUAAUGACCAGUUUGCUGAAGUCAUUUGUGAACUGACUUUCUUAGGGUGUUGCCAGGGUCCUUUGAAUGUCUUUCUGACAUUUCUGCUUUCAUUGUGACUUACAUGAAGCCACAGGUUAACUACUGAAAGAGAACUAAAGACCGGAGCUCCUCCUAGGUAAUUCAUUUUCUCUCCCUAAUAGUUCAGAGGUAAUCAGAUGGUUCCUGGGCAAAUUUUACUGCAUCAUCAGGAACCAGUUGUAUAUCUGUCUUAUUGUCAAUUCCCUCCCCCCCCCCCCCAAAAAAAAAAACAAACAACCCACACACAUUAUCCUUACCCACAAGAUCACAAGAUUCAAGUAGACUCGCUGGCUCCAUGUCCUUGUUCCACUGGGGGAGAAAGGAGGGAAGAAUGAAUGCAGGGGUUGCCAAAAUCACUGGUCAAAAGAGAUGCUGGAAUGUGAAACUUCUAAUAUGAGUGGUCUAUGCCCCAGUUAAAAUACAAAUGCUUCUGUAACUAAAAGAUGGAAGAUAUGGAUGCUGGCCCCAAUUGGUGACGUGGGCUACGUGGAAUUCUGAGGACUUGCCCAGGAAUGUUCUUUGUAGUCAGUACCUCUGUUACAAAGACAUUUGUUUAGGAUUUAGCUUGGGUGAGCACUGGUCGUGCUGGGAAGUCAGUUCUGUAUCCCGUGCCUUAAUCUUAUCAUUGAGGCCUCUCUAAGCACUCAGAAUGUAGGGUCAGAACACUGAUCCACACUUUGUCACCUCUCUAGGACUCCUAUGAGUUUUGGAGCUACUUGUUGGGCAUGCCUUACUGGCCUGCCCCACACCUACUGCAUAAAAGUUCAGCCAGGCUAACAUUUGAAAUACAGAGAUGGUCUUAGGAACAUUGAAAGCAUCACAAUGAGGAGCAACAGGAUUUCUGCAACAGAAGUUAGGUACUGGUUAUGUUUCCUUUGUAGCUUUGGCUGACAGGAAGCUCAGUUUGUCUUCCUAGUUUGUGCUUUUUAUUUUCACUUCCUCCUGCUUUUGUUGUUGCUUGCUUAUUGUUUGCUUUUUAAAAAUUGAGAUGUUUUAGAUAGCAUUUACAAACAAUAAAACAUCUUCCAGUUGUGGUGGUGUACUCCUAUGAUCUCAGCUACUCAGGAUGCAGAGAUGAUAGAAGUAUUAUUGGGAGGAUUUCAUUGAUAGGUUUUUAGUUUAUUUUAGUCAUGUUAAAGGGAUAUGUUAAGUUAUACCACAGAUGGCACACACAAAUGGUAGACUGACGAGGUAGAACCACUGUUCUCAUCUUGUCUGUGUCUUGCACCCACGGACCCAUUUCUGCACUAGCCACACUUUCCUCUUGUCCUUGGGAUACUUGAGUCUCUAUUCCUGUCCCCUCACUGCCUCCUGCUGGCUUCCCUCAGUUAUUGAGCAUCAAGCAACUCCAUUUUCUUCCUGACCUAUUGGUGCCAGGCACAGCUGGGAGAAAUACCAAGAAGGUAGCCCCUUCUCCUUGCCUGAAGUGACUACUGAACAUUUUCUCUCCUAUUUCUGGAGAGUAAGGGGAGUGGUUAGAAUUUCCACCUAAAUUGGGCCAGAGAGGUGUUGCUCUAGUGGUAGAGCACUAGCUGUGAGUAAGAGGUAGAGAGCACCAGCUGUGAACAAGAAAGCUGAGAGUAUGAGCCCCAUUAUCUCAUCCCCCCUGCCAAAAAGAAGGAAGGAAUAAAAAAGUUCUACAUGAGCAUGUGUUCCAGAUAUCAAAAAUUGAAACUUAAAAUACAAGUGCUUCAGAAUGAAAGAGGGGGUUUAUUGUCCAAAAAGAAACAAUGGUCAUUAUUUGAGUUCUGUAACCCU